ACAGGAGUGAAAAGGGUUCAAAACAAGGAAGCAGUAGCAGCUGCAGCAGCAUGUAAUGCAGGCGGCCGUUUGCUGCCCCCAGUCCAGAGGGUGAGCUCUCUUCUGCUCAUGUAAGAAUUCGGGGGUUGCACUUAUGGAUGACAGCAAAGUCGCUGGAGGCAAAGUGAAGAAGCCGGGAAAGCGAGGCCAUAAACCAGCCAAAAUAGAUUUGAAAGCCAAGCUUGAGAGGAGUCGGCAGAGCGCGCGAGAAUGCCGGGCACGGAAGAAGCUGCGGUACCAGUACCUGGAAGAGCUGGUGUCAAGUAGAGAGAGGGCAAUCUGUGCACUGCGAGAAGAGUUGGACAUGUACAAACAGUGGUGCAUGGCGAUGGACCAAGGGAAGAUCCCCUCUGAAAUCAAAGCGCUCCUCAGCGGGGAAGAGCAAAGCAAAGCCCAGCAGAACUCCACCAAGCUCCCCAAAGCUGUCAAGGCAGACACCAACAGCCACAAUCCAUGGUGAAGCUCAGGCUGCUGUGAGACAAGACCACAUCUAUAUUUUAAGAAGCUGAAGUAACCGAGAAGUGACGGCUUGCAAGUCAUCCUUCUCUUGUCGUAGCAAUGCCCCUCAACGACCACAGUGGACUGGCCAAAUGCAACUGACCACAAGCCCACCCGAGUAAAUCCACAACUCAUUUUAACCCAUCUUUUUUCUGCAUUGCAGACGACGGGAAAGUCGGAGUUCUGACUUUGGGGGCGGGAGGAAGAAACCAUUCUGACCUAGGCUGCCGUUGCUGUUUUAGAGGUUUUUUUUAGCCUGUGUUGUACUUUGGUCAUAAUUAUUUAAGAAGAAAUUGUGCACUAAAAUCAGAGAUCCUGAUCACGGGGGGUGGGGGGGGGGGGAAAGGGGUGCCUUCUGCAUGGGAUUAUUUAUUUGUGCUGCGUGAUGUUAAGCUAGGAUGUGAGCACGUGAUGAAAAUGCCCUUCAUUUUCCCUGUCGUCAUUUCUGAGCUCUUGUGGCUCCAGUGUGAACUGGGGAUCUUGCCAAUUAGCCCAAGGCAAAGCUUUAGGGCAAGCCCCUUCUCAAAUGCGACUGUCUCCAGUAGGGGUUAAUACCAACCUGCCUUCCAGGGUUGUAAGGUCCAUGAUCUUACUGACUUCCAUGGAAGCGAAGGGUUUUGCAACCUUCUCUGAAGCAUCGACAGUCUUGCUGGCCCACCAGCUUCUUUCUUAGCUUGUAAUUCCACACACGCUUUCAUCAACUGACAGCUGGGGGGAAGGGGGGGGCACCAAAAUCCCAGCUUUCUCCUGUUAUCAAAAGUUUCUCUGCCUCUACUCCUUUCUUGCAUUGAGCAAGAGGCUUUGAACCAGAGCCUGGCUGGACAGCAGCUAAAUCUCCUUUUCUCUCUGACUGCGUGACUGCCUGUAUCUUGCCAGGUAGAAAAUGAAGUGAAAUAGCCUUGAGUUCAGGAGUUUAAAACGCAUUACUUUCAAGUAGUGCCGGUUAAUCCCAAGGUAUCUUGCUUUUGAAUAAAGAGGCAUAAGGCCCCCAUCUAGAGGCUUUCUGUGUAUGUGCGCUUAAACACGUUGGUUUACGUGUUUGCCCAGAGGAGUAUUCAGCAGCUCUGAGCACAAUCCCAAGUUUCCCCUUUCAAUGGGGAGCGAUCUGAGUGUUACAGUGCAGGAUGAGUGGCUAGGAGCUCUGUUUCAGCCUGCAAGGGGGUAGGAUAGAGACAGUUUUAGAACUAAUGUCAUUUGGGCUUAAGACACAGCCGCGUGUCCCGUGCACUAGAAGAAUUCAGUGGGCGUGUGCCCCAGGGUACCCGAUGUCUGGGACAUGUGUAUUUAUGCAAACAUUUGCAUAGUUUAUUUCAUGGUGGUCUUACUAUUUUGUAUGAUCCUUGUCCCCCCCCCCGCCCCCCCCCCAGGAUAGUGAUGGGGAGGUAAGGCAUAUAAGCAUGACCUAACCCCACCCCACCCUGGCUUCCCCUGGAGACAUUAACAGACACGGUCGGAGGUUAGAAGUAACCUGAAUAAAAGUGGACUCUGCCCCCCGUAACUGUAAUCCUGCCUCUUAGAAUGGCAACCCUGAUUUAAAGGUGACAGUGUGUGUGUGUGGGGGGGAUGAUGCAGCAGUAUUGAAGGUAGCUCCUCCAGGGGUGGGAAAGCAGUCAACACCACCCAAAUAGCCAGCUCCAUCCUCCAGCCCUGGUGCUUGAGAAAUCCCCCCCCCCCCAAUAGGGGCAAUCCUUCCUUCCUUCCUUCCUUCCAUGGGAUGGUGUCACUGCCCACGUAUUGGCCGACCAAGCAGGGAUCGAUGCUGCUCACCGAUUCCCUGGCAGAUGGCUGCAGAGUGGGGGAUACGUCCACAGCGGUGGCUUGAUUCCUCCCCCCCCCCCCCCUACACUUCCUUCCUUCUCACAAGGCCAUGAGUACUUGUGCAGCAGGUCAGCGGUUGGUUGAUCUGGGCGCUCCGUUCCUUAGCAGAUUUCUAAAUUAAUCUCCUUGUGAGACAGCCCCUUGAACAAGACUCGGGAAGCAAAUUGCUGGGUUGUUUUUCCCCAUUUUUUAAAAUUUCCUUUUGCCUUAGGUUUUAUCACACCUGUGCCAUUGUGUCUCUCUCUCCAGCCUGCUUGUUAGGGCACUCCUGGAGUCCCAUGCUAACACAACCUUUCUUCCUUGCUGCAUGCAAUCAAGGAGCGGCUUCAGGAGACGCACGGUGUUGGUCGCCUACCUGGGGAGUGGGAGGGAUCUGCCCAGGCCACUGGUCCAGACCUCUCUAUGUCGGGACGCAUGGGAGGUGUUGGGAAGAGGGGGUGGGGGUGGAGCAGGGUGGGUGGAGGGGGAGAAGCAGCUGUGUAGGGCUGGUGACCUCCCUCCGGGGGUUCCGAAGCUUCACAUCCUCCAGACUGACUGGAGCUGUCCUUGUGCCUCAGGAAGGGAAGGGAGCUUCUGGAGCUUCUCACGCUUCCUGGAAACUUCUUACACUGCAAGACCCAAAUCUGUCCUUCUCUGUUACUUUUUAUUAAAGCAGAUGACACUUCAAACUUUG